AUGUUUCAAAGGAGUUGUCCUAGGCGUGCAUCCAAAUGGGCAUUGGGUGUCUCUGCUGUGGCUGCAACAACAUUGGCUACUCUCUAUUCUUCUCACAACAAACCUAUCCGCUCUCCUCUUCUUUUACCAACCGUUUAUGCUGAAGCCAACAAUUCACCCGAUCGAUCCCUCCAUGACAAGAAUGACAACAACAAUAAGGAUAAAGUCAACGAGCUUAUCGGGAACCUCUUUCGGCGAUCUGACAUUGUACGCAUGAUGCACGUGCCUUCCAUUCCUUCCAUGACAGCCAAGCUACCGUCAACAGAGGAAAUCAAUGAGAAAAUCGCCGAGUUGUAUCCAUCCUUCACCAGCCAGUUUGAAUACCUCAAGCAAAGUUAUGCGUAUCUGUGGGAUUUCCUUAGCAUGGAAGACUUUCGCCAUAUGAUGACCGAGAUGGAGAAGGAAGCGAGUGAUGAGAAAGCGUAUCCAGAAGUUGCAGAGGAUGCUCAUGUCAGAAUGGGUGUUUCGUUAUCGGAGGGCGAGCAAGCCUUCUUACAAGCACGAAAAACACGCCAACGGGAAGCAUUUGCAAAUUUCAUUGGUGUUCCUGUCAAUCAAGUCGAAAUACCCGAUAUCCCGGUCACUGGUAUUGCUACAAGUGGUGGAGGAUAUCGUGCCAUGGUGGGAAGUGCUGGCUAUCUCAAAGCAAUGAAGGAUACUGGUGUUUUGGAUACAGUGACUUAUCUUGCAGGUGUUUCUGGAUCGUGUUGGGGAUUAGCUCAGCUCUACAGCCCGCUGACAGAUACAAACUUUGAGACCAUGAAGGAUCAUUUGAAGAGUCACGUGCAUACACAUCUUGCCAAUAUGAACAACUUUAUCAGCAUUCUUCAAGCAGCACCACAAAACAGCAAAAUCCUUAUGCAAGGCAUCAUUGAACGUUAUUAUCAACAAAAUGGAGAUAUCAAUCUUGUCGACAUCUUUGGCAUGAUGCUUGGUGGAACAUUGUUGACGAGGAAAAAGACAAUAUCAAAAGAGGAAAAGGAUGACAGCACAUUGGAAGAACCGGAUGGCACCCUUAUCAAGCCUUUGUUAUUGGAUCGUAAGACCAUGAAGUUAUCGAAUCAGAGGAAGUAUAUCGAGGAUGGAUCACUGCCGAUGCCCAUUUACUGUGUCGUACGUCAUGAUAUUGAAAGUGACCCUGAUGAAGGAGAUGUCUAUCAAUGGUUCGAGUUCACGCCUUUUGAAAUGGGAUCAGAGGAAAUCAAUGCUUGGAUUCCAGUAUGGGCUUUUGGAAGAAAAUUUGAACAAGGCAAAAACAUCGAGCGCCUUCCAGAGCAAACAAUGGGAAUCAUGAUGGGUGUGUUUGGAUCAGCAUUUGCAGCAAGCCUUUCGCACUUUUAUCAAGAGAUUCGAAGCUUUGUACCAUCCUCAGCAUUGGAGAAAGCAGAUGGGCUUUUGCUUCAGUAUCGUGAUUCAAUGUCAGUGUAUCAUCCUAUUUCACCAGCAUGGUUCCCCAACCCAUUCUAUCAGCUGCAUGUUCAAGCAUGGACACCUGUCAUUGAUCGCCUUAUCAACUCCAAACGGCUAUGUCUUGCUGAUGCUGGUCUUGACAACAAUAUCCCAUUCUACCCACUCUUGCGAAAAGGCCGUGAUGUGGAUGUAAUCUUUGCCAUUGAUCUCAGUGCCGAUAUCCAGACCGCUCCUCAUUUCGAAAGAGCUGAAGGUUAUGUUCGACGACGAGGCAUUGAAGGAUGGCCAAAGGGAGCGGGUUGGCCAAAAGACAGUGAACAAGGACUCGGCACAUGCACCGUUUUUGCAUCCGAAGCAACUGAAAAACCUGAACAGCACGUUAGCAGCAAUAUGGAUCCUGAUCAUCACCCAGUGACGCUCGUUUAUUUCCCGUUGAUCAGUAAUCCCAACUAUGAUCCUGAUUUUGAUCCACAAACAGCUGAAUUCUGCAGCACAUGGAACUUUGUCUACACCCCUGAUCAGGUGCAACAAUUGAUGGGACUCGCUGAAACCAACUGGAAGGACAAUGUCGAUCAUGUCAGAGACGUAUUACGAAAAGUUUGGGAACGCAAACGAGAACAGAGGUUAGCACGAGAACGAGCCAUCAGCCAACAGCAAAUCGCACAAAUCGCAUAA